AUGUUUCGUUAUGCGGGACGUCUGAGUGGCUUGUAUCCAGUCAGUUCCCCUAUCAUGGCACUCCAAGUUGAUGAAAUUCUUCACGUUCUGAAGGCUUUCAGUGACGACGUAUUACUCCAUGACAUCGCUUUGUAUUGCUGGGUAAAGUCGAUUAGGAAGAUAAAACUGGCUGAGCAGAUUGACAAGCACAAAUGUAUUGUCGCAGUGGAGGCGAAAGAUAUACCCCUCACCUAUUUUCCGUUCCCUGGACGUGCUGAGCCGAUUCGCUUAGCUCUAUUCAUCGCAGGAAUUCCUUUUGACGACGAGCGCAUCGAUGCGUGUGAGCUGAACCGAAAACGCUCGACGCUGCCUUUUAACCAGCUACCAGUGCUUGAAGUGGACGGAGAGGUCGUGUCACAGGCGCUUGGGAUUCUCCGGUACGUUGGUACGCUCGGGGGACUCUACUCAGCCAGUAAGGCCAAGGAGGCUUUCCGGAAUGAUGAGGUGUUUGCACUGAUCGAUGAGUUCUACAGCUCCUACGCUUGGAACGCUUCGUACUUUGAGGCAGAUCCGGCGAAGCAGAAGCAGUUGCGAACACGUCUGGCCAAAGAAACCCUCCCUAACACGCUGAGCUUCCUCGAGCGGCGUACGUCGAAGUGGAAUGAGCGUCAUGCUGUCGGCAACAGCCUCACCGUUGCAGAUCUUGCUAUCUCCUCUUUACUGUGGACAUUUAGAAGCGGACGCAUUCUUGGCGUUCCUGUGUCUGUCGUUGCGCCGUUCAAAAAGCUGCUGAGUAUUUACGACGUUGUUGCAGAGCAUCCGAAAGUGGGCGAAUGGGGCUCUAUGAAGCACUGA